AAAUAUAAGAUUAUUUUGUACAGAUGCAAAUUCACCUUCGCAUGUAGCAUGUAUCAUCUUUCCGUCCAGCCGGGUUUAGGGAAAAGUUAUAUUUCGUAUAAUUAUGGAGGAGAGUAUUAAGAUAUUUGUGGAAAGGGCACAAUUGAUCGCUUUGAAUCCGAAAUACCUUUCCUGUGGAUUUGUGAAUGUUACCCGUUAUGAAAGAGGAGGCAGCUUCUAUGUAAAUUUUGAAUUUGUUAACAAAGUGCUCUUCUCGAAUGAUGCCACGGUGACAAUGAAAUUCUUCGAAUAUCGCUGGAAUAAAUACUAUCGUUCAGUUGUUGAAUUUCAUUACAAAUUCUGUGACUUUAUCGAGAAAGAUGUCUACGUGGGAACGGUGAUCGGUGCAAACGGCUUGAAAUGCCCAGUAAAGCCUGGAAAGCACACGGUGAUGAAUGUGACUGCACACUUUGAUGAUUUUCCCAGUCCUUUACCUUUUGAAAAGGCACGAGUUAACUUCAUUUUCAACACGAGUAAUGGAGACUUGGUGGCCGAGGGAGCUGUUUAUUUUUCAGUAAAAAAUAAUGAUGUAAAAAAUAAAAAAGCGAAACGCAUUUGAUGUGGCUAUUUAGCUAUUCCUCUUUAAGAUUUGUAUG